AUGCUUCCUCCAUUCCGACGUCCAGCAGCCCCCCCUCCUCCAUCAUCUACCGGUAUAGGACCUCGACGGUCUCUGGGGGAUUCGCUGCCGCGUCGCUCGCUUCUAGCGCCUGAAGUGGCCAGACCUUCAGAUGAGGAUUAUGCUCGAGGGAGAGACAGCGACGAACGUAAAAGUGGGGAGGAACUAGAGAACGAGAAGCCCAGAGAUCGAAGACCACGUAAGAAACGACGCAGUCGGAUUAUCAGCGAACUGAGACCGGUGGAUGGGCCAGGCAGCGCUCUGCCCAGUGUACCAGCUAUCAAGGAUGACGACUCGCACGUCAGCGAUGACCCAUUGGAAGCGCCAGACUCGGGCGAGCGAGCGAAAGAAGUGUUUGCAGCUCAACGUGAAGAAUGCGCACCCAUUCUUUGGGAUCUGUGUGGCACACCGACAUCACCCGUAUAA